CCACAAAGUAAAACCCACUCCUAGAAAAUAUCUCCAAUUUCAACCACAUGGCCAUCAACUUCUUUGAUGUGGAGGGUUUGGACAGCCAUAUUUGCCUUGCAGGACCACCAUUGAGUGGCAAGAGCUCCCUGCUGUUCCAGCACGCUGUGACUUGUGCUGAAAAUGGUCGCUGCACUGUCUUCAUUACCCCUCAGCCCUUUGACCGCCUUCCGCUUCUCUUGAGAUCCAGCCAGUUACCAUUGUCGCCCAAGACUCUGAGCAGAAUACACUUCAAGUACCCCUCCACACUUUCUGCCCUACAUGAGCUGUUUGACCACGCCCAUCUUCCAGGCGGCCUGGCCUCUCACAGUCCAGAGUGUGUCAUCAUUGAUGAUUUCCACCACUACUUCAGUCACUUGAAAGGGAGUGGACAUGAAUUGACCACAGCAAUGGUAAAAACCUGUGCUCACAUUAUGGAUGGAAUUUCUUACAUAUCUGCUUGUCUGGUGUCAGCUCCACUCACCCAGCCAACAGUGUGCUUCCUUUCAACCUCCUUCACUUCACAACCACACAUGAACACUGGCAUUAUCAGAAGAUGGUUCCCCUGCCUUCUCAAGAUAGUUGAGAAUGGGAGCAAGAAGUUUAUUUUGGAGAAGGAGCAAAAUCUCAUGUUCUCUUUCAACAUUCAAGAAACUUGUUUUAAAAUCAUGAAGUGAGUGAAGGAUGGUGAUGAAUACAAAUGAAUUAUUGCAGCCUGAAGCAUAAAGGGAAGUAUUGCUUACAAAUGAAUACAAAAUGAACUCAAGCUACAAGUGUGAAUGAUAUUAUUAUAUAUGACUGUUGACUGUUGACA